CCGGAAGGAGAGACAGAGCGCCGCCAUGACAGGUUGGGCCUAAAGGGAACAGAAUGGGCCACUUGCCGGCUCUGCGACCGGAAAAAACGAGGCAAGGACAGCCGAGUUGGGCGCCGCCAUGACAACUUGACCGGAAAAGGCGGAGCUCUCCUCCCGGACUGAUUUCCUACCCGUACCGGCCUGGAGAUGCAGGCAGCCCUGGAGGUCACGGCUCGCUACUGUGGCCGGGAGCUGGAGCAGUAUGGCCAGUGUGUAGCGGCCAAGCCUGAGUCAUGGCAGCGGGACUGUUACCACCUUAAGAUGAGUAUUGCUCAAUGCACAUCCUCCCACCCAAUCAUCCGUCAGAUCCGCCAGGUCUGUGCUGAACCUUUUGAGGCCUUUGAGGAGUGCCUUCGACAGAAUGAGGCAGCUGUGGGCAACUGUGCAGAGCACAUGCGCCGCUUCCUGCAGUGUGCUGAGCAGGUGCAGCCGCCGCGCUCACCCUCAACUGCGGAGGUUAAGCCGCCACGAUCACCCUCAACUGUGGAGGCAAAGCCACUUCCUACCUCCUGAGGACUCUGAACCAUGGAAAAACUGGACAUGAGUGACUGGCUCCUUGAUGCCCCCAGCCCUGAAGAGUGGCCAGGUGGAGUCCUGAGGGGCCUGGACAUGAGUCUGGCUUCUCUGGACAGCAGGACUCACAAUAAAUAAAGACUCUGUAUACCAGA